AUGCGGGGCCAUGGGCUGCUGCCAAGAUAAGGACUUUCAGACUUCGGAUGAGCAGGCCAAGGAGGCCGGGUCAGAAGGUGGGACCAGAGACACUAGGGGGCCCAGGGAGCUGGGAGUGGGGACUGGACCACAGGAGGUUGGACUGGGGAGAGGAGAACUCAGCGGCCACAUCCUCUCAGGCACUGAUGCGGAGUCGGUGGAGCAACGAGAUCGCAGGUCGAACGAAAGUCUUUUGAUCACUGUGCUGUGGCGGCGGCUAUCCAUGUUCAGCCGUCGGGGUUCCUCUCGGUCAACCAAGAGGCAGGCAGUCCAGAAUCCAAAGCCGGCGAGUAGGAUCCAGGAGUGCGAUCAGGAGAGGAUCCAGGAGGAGCCGGAGAAGGGAUGACUCCAGCCCUGUUCUCACGCCUCCCCAGCCUUCAGAGAAUAAAGUUUCUAACGUGUACCUGCC